UUCGCAUGAACGAUUGUUACCAGGGCUGCGACUACGUGGAAUAUAACCCCAAAGUGCAGUUUAUACGGAAAGUGAACAAUGCCAAUAAUAAAAACUACACCAAACUAGCUGUCCACUACGCUUCCAGAACCUGCUUGAAGUACAGGAGGCAAAUCAUCUACACCUGGGAUCAGAUGUUGGCUAACCUCGGUGGGAUUUUCGGUCUCUGCUUAGGAGGCUCUUUUAUAAGUCUCAUAGAAAUAGUCUGGUUUCUCAUAGACCUCCUCGUCACCAUAAAAAAGGGUUACAGAGAGAAACCGAAGAAAAAUAAAGUCCUCCUUCUUAACGAAAAAUAUAGUCAGAAUCACGACAAACACGAGAAACGAUAUUACAAGUUUACAAAUUAAUGUUCACCACAACUGGUAAUGGAUCUCUUUUUAGUUUGGAUGAGAAAGUAUUAAGGUAGUUAUGUGUCGUAUUGUGUGUAACUGGCCUAUGUACAGUCAACC